AGACGCCGGAACUCUCGCUCUGGGCCCGACAAACCCUCCGCCCGGAAGGCUAUGGCCGUGGCCACCGCGGCGGCACUACUGGCCGCGCUGGGCGGGGCGCUGUGGCUAGUGUCCCGGCGGUUCGUGGGCUCCAGGGCCCAGCGGCUGCACGGACACGGGGACCCCGGCCUCAUGCACGGGAAGACCGUGCUGAUCACCGGGGCCAACAGCGGCUUGGGCCGCGCUACGGCCGCCGAGCUGCUGCGUUUAGGGGCGCGGGUUAUCAUGGGCUGCCGGGACCGCGCGCGCGCCGAGGAGGCGGCGGGGCAGCUCCGCCGCGAGCUCGCGCAGGCCGCGGGGCCCGCGCCCGACGCCGCCGGCGAGCUGAUCGUCAAGGAGCUGGACCUCGCCUCGCUGCGCUCCGUGCGCGCCUUCUGCCAGGAGCUGCUCCAGGAGGAGCCUAGGUUGGAUGUCUUGAUCAACAAUGCAGGCAUCUUCCAAUGUCCCUACAUGAAGACAGAAGAUGGCUUUGAGAUGCAGUUUGGAGUGAACCACUUGGGCCACUUCCUCCUCACCCAUCUUCUGCUGGGACUCCUCAAAAGUUCAGCCCCUAGCAGGAUUGUGGUUGUUUCUUCCAAACUUUAUAAAUAUGGAGACAUCAACUUUGAAGAUUUGAACAGUGAACAAAGCUAUAAUAAAAGCUUCUGUUACAGUCGAAGCAAACUGGCUAACAUUCUUUUCACCAGAGAACUAGCCCGCCGCUUAGAAGGCACCAAUGUGACUGUCAAUGUGUUACAUCCGGGUAUUGUUCGGACGAAUCUUGGGAGGCAUAUACAUAUUCCUCUGCUGGCAAGACCACUUUUCAGUUUGGUGUCAUGGGCUUUCUUCAAAAGCCCAUUAGAAGGUGCCCAGACAUCCAUCUAUUUGGCCUCUUCUCCUGAGGUAGAAGGUGUGUCAGGAAGGUACUUUGGGGAUUGUAAAGAGGAAGAACUACUGCCCAAAGCUAUGGAUGAAUCUGUAGCAAGAAAACUCUGGGAUAUCAGUGAGGUGAUGGUUGGUAUAUUAAAAUAGGAAUGAAAAGUGAGAGAUCACAGUUAUAUCUGUGGUCAGGAAUGGUGUAGUUUGAGCCUUAUACUUGAAAACACAAUUUUGGUUUUGUAAUAGCAAUGCUAAGAGUAUAAAUGGGUAUGUCAAAGUUAUUAAAAAGUUAUUUCUGGAUAAUAGAAUUUCAGCAAAGAUUUUUAAAUAUGUCAAAUGUGAUGGGCAAAAACAUUUUAAUUGGGCAAACAUAGUAUUAAACAAAGUAUUAAAGAAUUUGAAUACAUUUUCUGAUACUUUUGUGUUAUUAAAAUGUUUAGAUUUCUUAAUACAUUGCCAUUUUUUUGUUUGUGUGGAAAUGAUCUGCCUGGUGAAUCUUAUUUCUAAUAAAUUUGCUGAUGCCAA